UCACCGGAUCUACGCUUCCGCGCCGCAUCCCCACCAUCUUGUUCUCAAAGGGAGCAACCGGAGGUGGCAGCAGCGGCGGCUCUACUCGACUCAGUCCAAGCGACCCCCCCGCUCCACCAGCGUCUUCCAACAGCCGUCAUGCUGCGCGCCGCGCUCUCUCGCACUUGCUCGGGGCUCCGGGCCGCGUCCUCGCGCGUCUCGCCGCCCGCGCGUCGCGCAGUAGUGGCCCCGGCCUCGUCCCUGAUGGUGGCCGUGCGGCCCUACUCGCACGCCGCGCAGGAAACGGACGAGGAGUUUGACGCGCGCUGGGAGUCGUACUUUAACAAGUCGGACAUAGACGCGUGGGAGCUGCGCAAGGGGCUCAACACGCUCUACGGAUACGACCUGGUGCCCGAGCCCAAGAUCCUGUCGGCCGCGAUGCGGGCAUGCCGCCGUCUCAACGACCUGGCCAGCGCCAUCCGCAUCCUCGAGGCUGUCAAGGAAAAGGCCGGCAACAACAAGGACAUCUACCCCUACGUGGUGCAGGAGCUUCAGCCAACACUCACGGAGCUGGGGAUCAGCACCCCUGAGGAGCUGGGCAUUGACAAGGCGUGAUGGGGCUUCCCCCCCAGCCUUUCAACUCGCGCCCCCCCCCCUGUUCACGGUUUCUGUUGAAGUCGACUCGGGUCCUUGACUUUCUGACUGCGUGAAUUGGACCCCCCACAUCUGUCUCACCCUCGCCAACCUCGACGGGCCCUCCUGUGCAGUCCCUCGCGGUGUGGCCACUCCGUCCCAGCAGCCGUGUGUGUGUGUGUGUUCCUGCGGUUGUCACCGUGGGCCUCAAAUUGUGUUGUCUCUUCCCCGCCCGCCUCCCCCCGACCUGGACACGCGCUGUGUUGUCUGGCACCCGCCAAAACAUGUACAUUGCAUCUGUACCUCCCGAGCACAGAAUAAACAAUCCACUUUGAGACUUAUA